AGAGAAGAGCGAAAGAAAGUGACGACGCGUCAGGGACGGCCGUUGAAAGUCUAGAACUUUCUGGGAAAUGAAAUCCGCCCACGUCUCACCUCCCAGGCUCCCACCCUUUUCCCAUCGAUCAGCCCAUCUGCCGCUCGAGGCACAACACGUCGACACAGGCGGUAUAUCCAUUGAAUUCCUGCAAGGUCAAGUCAAGCUUUGAAAGCGUCGGUUCGACUCCGUGAUCGACACGUUCGUAUCCAUCCCAUGGCGGGGACAGAGCCCCGCGCGUCGUCCGCGGCCGGCCAACUGGUGACGUGGCUGUACGACCUCAUCCUCUGGAUCUUCACGCUCUGUCUGGAUGUGUUCUUCCGGGAGAUCUACCCCCGCGGGGGGUGGCGGAUCCCUGAGAAGGGCCCUGUGUUGAUUGUGGCGGCGCCCCAUGCGAACCAGUUCGUUGACUCGGCCAUCCUGAUGCAUAUCCUCAAGUCGCAGGCGAAACGGCGCGUCUCGUUCCUGACGGCGGAGAAGUCGAUGAGAGAGCCGUAUGUGGGCGCGCUGGCGAGAUGCAUGGGUGCCCUGCCCGUCGUUCGGGCAAUGGAUCUGGCCAAGCCGGGCAAGGGAACCAUCUACCAGCCAGACCCGGAGAACGACCCGACUCUGGUUCACGGAGUGGACACGGACUUCACGCAGCCGGAGUACACGGUCGGAGGGCAGGUCAUUAUUUCCGCCAAGGGGAAAGGUCAGGAGGCAAGCUCUAUCGAGGAGAUCUUGGGGCCGACUGCUCUGCGGGUGAGAAACGCGUUCCAGAUCCCUCUUGAACGACGCUCGGAGGAGGGUGGUGGUGGUGUUGGCUGGACCUUCAAGGUUGCCUCCCAUAUCGACCAGAGCCGGAUGUUCAACGCAGUCUUUGAGGAACUCUCGCGGGGAGGGUGUAUCGGCAUCUUCCCCGAAGGAGGCAGCCAUGAUCGGUCGAAUCUCCUCCCCCUCAAGGCCGGAGCGGCGUUGAUGGCUCUGGGGGCGCUGGCGCGCGAUCCUCACUGUGGCCUGUCGAUUAUUCCGUGCGGAAUGAACUAUUUCCAUGCACACAAGUUCCGUUCCAGGGCCGUCAUCGAGUUCGGCCCUCCUAUCCACGUCCACCCGGACCAGAUCGAGGCGUUCAAGGCCGGGGGGAAGCUCAAGCGUAACGCGGUGGGUUCGCUGUUGGAGACUAUCUACGAGGGUUUGGCGGCGGUGACACAGAUCAGUCCGGACCAUGAAACCCUGAUGCUGGUGCAGUCGAUCAGAAAGCUUUACAAUCCCAUCAGCAAGAAGCUCCCGCUGCCCUUGGUCAUCGAAUUCAACCGGCGACUACUCAAGGGCUUCACGACGCACCACUCGGAUCCGCGAGUGGUCCAGUUGAAGAAGGCUGUGACCGACUACAGUAACCGCUUGGAGGCUCUGGGCGUCAAAGACCACCAGGUGGAAUGGGGCAAUGCGGCAGACAAGCCGUGGUGGCUCACGGUGAUCAUCUUGUUCUACCGCCUGGUCAAGCUCUGCGUCUUGACCGUCGGCACUCUGCCCGGCUUGCUUCUGUUCUGGCCUGUCUUCGUUACCUCGAAAGUCAUCUCGGAGAAGAAGCGGCGACGCGCCCUUGCCACCUCAGUUGUCAAGCUUCAGGGCCAUGACGUGGUGAGCAGUUGGAAAAUACUCGUCGCCAUGGUUCUGGCGCCGGCCCUCUACACUUACUACACGGUGAUCGUCACUGCCUGGCUUCACUACAACCGUCGGAGCGGUUAUUAUUCUCAUCUCGUUCCUACGUGGAUGGUCGCUCGCACCUACGUUCCCGAUCGUAUUCCCCUGUGGAUGUUUACCGUCGGCUUCUUCUCGCUCAUGAUCUCCAUCACCUUUGCUGCUCUCCGCUUCGGUGAAAUCGGCAUGGACAUUGUCAAGUCCCUUCCGCCCCUGCUCGUCGCCCUGAAUCCACUGUCAUCUUCGUCCCUCGUAAAGCUGGGGGCACAUCGUGAAGCCCUCUCGGUGACUGUCACGAACAUCAUCGAUGAUCUCGGGUUCGGACUCAUGCCUGAUUUUGAUGCUGAGGGCAUCCCGACCGAUUCCUAUAAUCCGGAAGCGUACCAGUCGCGUCUGAAAAGCAUGCCGCCCAGUGAGCCAGAGAGCCGCAAUCGGAGUCGCAGCCGGUCUAGUGGUCCUGGAGUGUCAUUGCAGGGCGCUCGCCUGAAGGCUCUGAGCUCCGUUCAGUCAGACAAAGAUCUGCAAGACGUUGACAAGAAGAUCCGGGGUAUUCUCAAGGAGAGAGGCCGGAAGAAGACAGAAGACGACGGCCAGCUGGCGACCGGCGAGACAAUCUUGAAGUAUACCGUGAGGUUCGAUGAAGGGAAGAAAGAGCGGUGAUCUGUCCUUUUGUACUAUGAAUCAGCAAGAUUGCCAUCCAAAGAUCACGAAGGAACCUCUACUCCAAUUCUCUGAAUCUAAAACCACGCGCCCAGAACACGUCCAGAAGGCCCUGACUAAGCUGUGUGGAAUGUACGACCUGGAAUGUGAGAAUGGGGGACCUGCCACCUGCCACC